AAAAUAAAAGAUAGAGAAAACCUCAACAGCACAGUGUACAUUCCAAGUAGUCAUCACUUGUAAGUUUCGCCAACUCUCUUCUCGUUCGAGCCCAAGAUUUGUCGUAUUGCGUAGAGAAAUGGCUGCCAGUCUCGUUUCUAAAUCCUCUCGUUGUGGGCCAUCGAUUGCUCGGGGGCCUUGACAACAAUGUAACUAGUUUACUGAGCACAUCCAAUCAAAUGACAUGGAGCAAUUUCUUAUCUCAGCAACAAAGGACUUUCAUACAGAUGAGGACUGUUCUCAAGGUUGUGGAUAACCCCAGGGCAAAAAAGGUGAUGUGCAUACAACCUUUGAAGGGGAAGGGGCAAGGUUGGUGGAUGCCAUAAUUGCAUCUGUAAAGGAAGGCAAGGUUGGUGGAUACCAUAAUUGCAUCUGUAAAGGAAGCUAUUCCAAAUGGAAAAAUGAAGAAAGACAAGGUGGUGCGAAGUGUUGUUGUGCAUGCUGCAAUACAGCGUGGCCGUUCUGAUGGGAUUGAGGUCAAGUUUGAUGACAAUGCAGUAGUGAUUAUUGAUAAGGAAGGCCAUCCAAAGGGAAGCAGGGCUUUUGGGCCAGUUCCACAGGAGCUGGGGAAGAAGAGGCAUGGCAAGACCCUUGCUCUGGCAGAGCAUAUUGCCUGAAAUAUGGAUUGCUCUGGUUUCUAUCUUCUCGACAUCUGGUAGAGCUAUUCAUGAAAAUAAAAAAAAAUAAUGACGAGGGUUUUAGUUUUAGUUUUUUUUAAAGAACAAAAUUCUUGUCCUUUCUUGAAGAAUGUUAUUGCUUCCAGUGCCAAGCAACUAGUUAUCGCA